AUGACGUGGGCGAUCUUCCGUGCAGUCUGGGCGGCAUUGGGGCUCGGGCACGAUCGAGUCGGACAUUGGGGCAAUCCGUGCUACUUUCCGGAUUUUUGCUACAACUGGGGCUCGCCAGUACGCUUUGUGACCGACAUGUACUCGUUGGAGAUGCAUGAGAGGGAGCUGCAACGAGCUGGGCAGCUUAGAACCCUCAGGGUUGCUGGUUCCGUCCGCAAUCCGCUGGUCAUGAUCGCUUCGGCCUACUGCUACCACCACGGGGGUCAGGAAGACACGAAUGUGAUGUUUUAUCCCAAGGGCACCGUGCAGAGCCUGGGGCCGGAAGAUGGCGUUGCCUUCGUCGCCCAGCGCAUGAUGGUUCUGAUGGACAACCUGACCGCCUUCUAUGAGACCCCUCGAAAUGAUACCUUGCGUCUUAGCUUCGAGGAAGCUGACGGAUCCUCGGAAGGCUUCGACCAAGAAGUUGGUCGACUGCUAGACUUUUGGUUCCAGGGUGUGCCACUCCAUGCGGAUGACCGGCGAAGGGCUUUGGAAGCGGCAAGACAAGGAGAUCUGCACAGGCAUCCGUACCCUGGCCAUACGAACGACGACGCUUGCAUGCAGGUGGCGCAGCAUGCGGUCUUCUCGAUGCCUGCAGAUCUCUUGGGUAUCUACCAGUCCUAUGCCAGAAGGCUUGGCUACCCCUACACGGAGGAGCUUCUACCUCAACGAGCUGCUCUUGCUCCCUCCAACAGGGGUCCAUUCGAGCAUCCCGUGAAAGUCAGGACUGAGUGA